AGAGUCACUCCAGGCCAUCGAACCAUUACUGGACUAACAACUAACCAAUCUCAAAUCACAAACAGAACGAAAAUGGUUAAACGACCACUUGGAUUAAAAGCGAGUAAAUCAACCAAAAAAUCAAAACCAAGCACGACCACCAGUACCACCGAUGAAACUCAAACUACUACAACAACAGAAGCAGUGGAAAAUAAAACACAAUUUACGACUAUUGGAUUUAAAUCAAACCAAGAAGGAAAUGAUGAAGAUGGAUUAACGAUUGAAGAUUUAUACGAACUUGUUAUUCAAUCAAAACAAACCUUAAUCCGAUUUUAUUUAUAUGAAAACUUAGAAUUUGGAAAUGAAUCGAGUAAUUUGUUAAGAGGGAUUUGUCAUGAAUGUGAACGUCGAAUGAAUUUAGGAUCAUCAACCAAUUCAACAAGUAUUUCUGAAGAAACGGUUUCGAAAGAUUUGGUUUUUUCUUGUUUGGCUUGGGCUUCAUUUUCUUUAGGGUUUUUGAUUUAUCCAAUUGGUCAAGAACCUAUUAAGAAAUUAAUUAGAGUAGAUGAACCUAAUCAAUUAGAAAAAUGGAUUUGGAUCUCAUUAAAAUCUUUAGAAUCUGUUACCGAAACUCAUGAAGAUUUUAAAUUACUUAAACCUACAGUUUUAUUAAUCCAAAGCUUAUUAAAACCUGAAAACGAAAUCCAAAGCGAAUCAAGUCUUGAAACAUU